AGAUGACCGAAAUCCGAAAAGUCGUCCAAGAAACAAUGGUUGGAAAACCAGAAGACGAAAUUCAGACUUUCGAAAAAUGUCUCCGUCUCGUUGGAUCCAAUCGAACACGUAAAGAACAAGAACUAGGAUUUUGUCUUAUGUCGAGAAUGAUCAUCAAAUGUUCUUCACAAACUCUACGAGCAGUUCAAUCGCGAUUGGCUAAUCGACUUGCUCAUAUCUCGGAUCAUUUUCAAUUAUGUGGAUCACUUUAUACUCGAGAACUUCUUGUUAGAAAUCCGCAAGCUGGAGAACUUCAUUCUCCAAUUGUAUUCAAGAUUAUUCUUAAUUGCAUGGAUGCUGCUGCACAAACAAGUGAUCCCAAUAUUCGUGGAUUGGCUGCUGAACUGUUUGGAUUGAGAAUUAGCAAUCAGAAUCUAACAAUGUUGUUGAAUACGCUUGAAGUUUUGUUGAGUGCAACCAAGAUUAAAAAUGUAUCAAAUGAUCUCCUUCAGCUUAGAACAUUGGGAGUGUCUUCUCAUCGAGAUUCGCUGACUUCUCUUCUUUUUGAAGUUCUCGCACUUUCACUCGGAUACGCUUCAAAGCCGGGAUUAUUUGUAGAACGAAAAGAUAUAAUUCAAGUUAUUGAAUUGGGAAUUAAUAAUCCGAAAAAUCGAUCUGUUGCAUUUGCAUGUCUCCGUUCAAUGUGUGUAAACACGAAGUAUUCACUUAUUCCAAUGAUCGGCAGAAUCGUAUCUACUCUGAUUUCUGAACUUGAAUCGCCCGACGUUGAUUUAAUCAAAACUCUUGCAUUCAUUUCGAAAACGUUUGGACCUGUCACUUCAACACUUUACAAACAUUUCUAUGUAAUCUUCACUGCAUUGAAGCAUCCAAUUCAUGAGCAAUGUUACGGAGAACACGUGGGAAAUCUACUUUCCAGCAUUAUCGAAUCGGCGGCUUCUCUCAUUAAGCCAGAAGUGUUUGCCACUGUUCAAAAAGCAGUUUGUGAGUCUGCCAUUAUGCAUCCGGAUAGUUCAAUCUAUCUUCAAUUGCUUGCUGCAUUCCUUACUUUGAACAAUGAAUAUGUUCCAUCUCCAUUGCAAGUCGCUCGAGUUAUUUCAUCAAGAACUCGAAAUACUUCUGAGCAUUCUCAUAGAUUAAGAGCUCUUUGCAAUGUUGCAUCCCGCCCUAGAACUACGGAUCUUGCAAAUGUGAAAGCCAAGAAAACACUUGUUCUCAAAGAGGAAAAUACUAUUCAAGCUCCAACUGCCGCGUCCGAAGAUUUGAAGGAAAAGGAAGAAGUGGAGCAAGAAUUUGAAGAAAUGGAAACAGAAGAUAAGGAAGAGGAGAUUGUUCCAGUGGUGGUAGAGAAGAAAAUAGAAGAGGUUCCAGAAGCUUCAUCCAGAAAAAAGAAAAAUAGUGAGAGCAGUACUACAGCCACUUCAACUGUGGCCAAAAAGAAGAAGAAGUCAGUGGUUAACGAUGUUAAAACUAAUCUUUUGGAAGGAGAAGCAUCGGUUGAUGAUAUUCUGAACCUUUUUGAUAUGUCUUAAAGUUUUCCCAUUCCCAUCGUUUUUUGUUUGUUAUUUUCUUGUUGUUGCCUGUUAUGAAAAUCUGACGAUAUU